AUGGAGGAACAUGUGUCUAAUGCUAAUGAACCUAAUGCACUUGCUCCAUCUAAGUCAAUCCCUGAGAAUAGUGCUAGUAAAAAGAAACCUCCUACUAUGCUAGUUGAAAAUUAUUUUGCCUUUAGGACAACUCCAGGUUCCCAAUCAGGCAUUAAGAGUGCAUUUGCAACUAAAGAAGCACAACACAGUGCAAAAAUGGCCAUUGCUAAAUGGGCUAUCAUCAAUUGCAUUCCAUUUAAUGCAUUAGAUUGCCCAUUUUUUCAAAAAGCUGUGGAUGCUAUUGCUUCAAUUGGGUCGGGGUUUAAGGGUCCUACAGCUUAUAAAUUUAGAGUUAACUUGUUGAAUAAUUGGAAAAAAGAAUUAUUUGUGAAAUCUGUUGAUGCUUCUAAUUUAGUGAAAGAUGCCAAGACUUUAUUCUUAUUGUUUUCUGAAGUGAUUGAGUGCGUUGGUCCUAAAAAUAUUGUGCAUGUAGUGACUGAUAAUGUUGCUAUUUAUGUAGCAUGUGGAAAGUUGGUUAAAGAGAAAUAUAAAAGUAUUUAUUGGUCACCUUAUGCUACUCAUUGCUCGAAUCUUACUUUGAAAGACAUUGCAAGUAUGUCUCAUGUGUCACAACUUGCAACAAAGGCAUCAAAGAUCACUGUGUUUGUUUAUAAUCAUAUGGUCUUCCUGUCAUGGCUCAGAAAAAGAAAGGGUUGGAAAGAAAUUGUGCGUCCUGGUGUGACAAGGUUUGCUACAACAUUUAUCACAUUGCAUAGCAUAUAUAUGCAUAAGCAUGACUUGCAAGCUUUAAUCACUGAUAAGCAUUUUGUGAAUCACAAAUUAUCAAGGAUUGAAGUCGGAAUAAUUGUUAGUGCCAUCAUAUUAGAUAAUCAAUUUUGGAAUGAAUGUCUUGAAGUUGUGAAGAUUGUGUCUCCUCUUAUAAAGUUGUUGAGAAUUGUUGAUUUAGAUGAGAAGCCUCCUUUGCCUUAUGUUUAUGAAGGCAUGCAAAGGGCAAAAAAAGCAAUUAAAGCAAUCUUCAACAACAAGAAAGACCAAUACAAGCCUUACACAGAUAUUAUCCAAGCCUGA